AUGGUGAGCCCAUCCACCACUACACCUCUGCGCAUCUCCGUCGUCGGCGCCGGCGUCGGCGGGCUUGCCGCUGCGACGGCGCUACGCAGGAGCGGACAUAUUGUCCAGAUAUUUGAAGCCGAGCGAGAGUUCACCGAAAUCGGUGCCGCGAUCAUCGUCCCACUGAACGCACAGCGAGUGCUCGAGAAACUGGGCUACGCCGUGGAGAACAUCAAGCCAGUGCAGUACCUCGGUAACCUGAUGUGUCACCGGAGCGACCUCCUCAACGAGCUCCUCCGACUUGCGACGGGCGCUGCAGGCGAAGGGCCACCAGCGACGCUGCGCUUCUCGAGUAAAAUGAUUGCCUGCGAUCCCGAUGCGGGAUCCAUCACGCUCGAGGGUGGUGAAGAGAUCGUCAGCGACGUGGUUAUCGGUGCAGAUGGCAUUGGGUCCUCAAUACGGACGGCAAUCUUGGGAGCCCCCGUUAACUCGCUCUCGUCCGACUGGACAUGCUCCCGCGCCUUGAUCCCCAUGGCCGCCAUCCACGCCAACCCUGCCCUGAGCUGGAUAACAGAGGGCAUCCCCGGCGCCCGCAUCGUCAUGAAACGUGGGCCCAAACCCGGUGAUGUCAACGUCCUGUUCUUGUACCCGUGUCGCGAUGGAACACUGCUCAACUGGGCGGGGGUGUACUCUGACGACGGACACGAGGACCCAGAAUGGCAGCCUGCGUCCGCCUUGACGACUCUCGCGCCGAUAUACGGCUCCUUCCAGCCCCAGUUCCGCGAACUCCUCACGCUCCUCCCGUCCGAGAAGCCCAUCCCAAAGUGGCAGAUGCGCUACCUCCCGCCAUUGCCAACGUGGAUUCGAGGACGGGCGGCGAUCCUUGGUGAUGCGGCACAUGCAACGCUGCCGCUCAUGGGCCAAGGAGCCGCAAUUGCAAUUGAAGAUGCAGGUGCCUUAGGAGGGGUUCUACCGGCGGGCACGAAGAGUGCACAAGUCGGGGAGAGGUUGAAUAUAUGGGAGAAGCUCCGGAAAGAGAGGGGAGAGUGGGUCGGAAGAGAAAGUGUCCAGCAGGGGAAAGUGAAGGAGAAGAUUAGAGAGUUCUAUCGAUCGAAGGACAUGCAGGAGUUCAUAUUCAAUCACGACGCGGUCAAGAUCGCACGGGAUGCGCUGGCAAAUGAGUAA